AUGGUUGGGCGUGCUAAAUCGGAGAUGAAAAUGAGACAGCUGUCUCGUGAGGAGCAAGACUGGGUGAUGGACUGGGCCAUGGCAGCUUACCAUGCUGAACAGGCCAAGUCAGGUCCACGGCAAAAGAAGGGCCUCCGUGCAAUCUGUACUGAGGUUCAGCAGGCAUACCUUCUGGAAACUGGAAACGAAGUGAAGCUAAACUUCAAGACCUUGAGCAAUCUAACCAAAGGUGGUCAGAAACUGGCAGACUUCAAUGCAGAGAAGAGUUGGCUUACAGCAUCAGAAGCAGACUUGGUGAUUGAAUAUGCUCAGGAGGUUGCUGCAAGAGGCUUCCCAUUAAGCCACCGCAGGUUGAGGGAGCACGUUGAGGACAUCUGUCGGGCAAAGUUUGGUGCUGAAUGGGAAGGUCUUGGGGAGAAUUGGACUUACCAAUUCAUCGAGAAACACUCAGAGCGACUCUCCUGUUAUACCCCACGGCCCCUGGACACAUCACGUGCCCAGGCUGUCAACCCUAUCUUCAUGGCAGAAUAUUUUUGGCUCUUGAGUGAUAUCCUUGAGAUGGGUGAUGAUGGUGGUCACAUCGCUCCGGAGUGUUGCUUUCGAGUUGAUGAGAGUGGUUUCCAGUCUGGCUUGGGUGGAGCCAGCAAUAACCGGGUGAUCAGGGCUUCAGGGAAGAAGGUUCAGUAUGAACAGCAGGAUGGUAAUCAAGAGAACAUCACCAUAAUCAUCACAAUAUGCGCAGAUGGGACAUCGCUGCCCCCAGCUGUGAUCCUCAAGGGGCAGGCUUAUCAGUCAAACUGGACACAAGAGAACCCUGCCAAUGCAUUUCUUGGAUAUUCCAAAAAGGGUUGGACAAAUGGCGAGAUUGGGGCACUAUGGAUCGAGCAGUUUGAUCGCUUUACGAAGCAGAAGGACGCUGGCGGCUCCUGCUUGUCGAUGGUCACAACUCCCACUACACCCGCAGCUUCCUGGAAUACGCUCGGAACCACAAGAUCCAUGCUAUCCCUCAAAGAGUACACACUGCCUACAAGGACAGGAGUCUUCCCAUUCAACCCAGAUGUUGUCACACCCGAGAUGAUGGCCCCGAGCUUGGAGACCUCAAGACAAGGACAUAUGCCCUGCCCCUUUCAACCCUGUAAUGACCAAGAUAGUGGACCUUCAUCGCCCACAAGUCAGCAUACAAGCCUUACACCAAUCAGGGGAUCACUCACAGCAAUCCAAGGCUCAUCAGGCACCUUCCUUGUCAGCACCUCACCCAUGAAAUCAUCUUCUCAUGUCCCAUCCCUGCCGGUUGCCCCAAUCUUGCCUGAGAAGAAGCACUCAUCCUACAGGGUCCUCCUGGAAGCAGAGCCGAUGAUGGACUGUGAGCGUAUGUUGCAGAGUGCUCUCCAUGAUUCAGAGGCACGAGCUUCAGGCUACAAACAGCGUGUCAUCCAUCAGCAGGCUGCUCUUGUGCUCCACUCACAUUACCUGGAGAGAGCACAGGCGGAGCUUCACGCUAAGGAAGAGAAGCAAAAGAAGGGGAAGAAUUAUAAGCUGAUGGGGGAUGGGAGUGAGUUCUUCAACAAGGUGCUCGAGCACAAAACCCUCAUGUUGGCAGAGGCAGAUGCACGAGAGGUGCGCAGGAUCCAGCGGGAGGAACGAAAUGGUCUGAUGGCCAAGUGGCGCGUGCAAGAGAGCAAGCGGAAGGCCCGCAACAAAGAGAAGCAUUGCCAUUGGCAGGAGAAGGUGAAGGACUGGGAGGCAGAGCGGGACCUCACGAAGGCAGAAAAGCGGCAACCUAGCAAGGCGCGCAUCGCCGCGUCGAGUUUGAGUUGGGUCGGUAACUCAUAUCAUAGGGCCUACCACUUUCCCUGA